CAUAUCGCUGCAUUCGAAGGGCACGCGAGCUGCCUUCGUGCGCUCCACGAACUUGGCGCCGCGGCGAGUCUGUCCGCGACGGACGAGUACGCCCGCACGCCCGCACACCUCGCGGCCGAGGAGGGCCACGCCGACUGCCUGCGUGUCCUCCACGAGUACGCCAGCUUGAGCCUCACAUCGGCUGACGCCAUCGGCUCCACGCCCGUACAUUUGGCGGCCGAGGCCGGUCACGCGGGAUGCAUCCGCGCGCUCUUCGAGCUCGGC